AUGAACGUGCAUGGAAAACGUGUCGUAAGAGACUAUAUGGCCGGAAUUAUUCACGUACGCGAACAGCUUUCGGCUGCCAGAGAAAGAAGGAAAAGAUGUCUUGAAUUGGUUGACGUUCGCCGGUUAAAGCUGCAACAGUUCACCCAGCUCUUCACCUGCGAGAAUGACGCUCAACAGUGGCUCGAAGAAUUGCAUGAAACCCUGCUGAAAGACUAUAAUCAAAUGGGUGGUGCUGAGGACGAUCUACGCCAUUUACGUGAGGAUCGAAUGAAACUUGAAGAAACGGCCAGGAGCACCUACGAGUACGGUCGGCAGUUGUGUCAGGUGGCGUUGGUUUUGCGAAGAUCGCUAAGGAUGGACGUCAAAAAUCAGAUAGGACUAAACGAGAAGCUGGAGCAGACAUGGGGACGAUUGUGCCGAGCUCUGAGUGAAAAUGAGGCGAAACUGAAUGUUACCGAGGCAUUCAAUACCACCAUUGUCGAGGUGAACCCAUCGCAUAGAGGAGCUUGGCCAAAGAGUGAGUGA